AAAGCGGCGGAAGGAGCGGGGGGAUAUAAAAAAGACGGCGAAAAUCCGAAGAAUGAGAAAAUGAACAUGGGUCCGAUAAUGAAGAAGCCGAAGAAGGUGAAGCAAGAAAAUGAAGAAAUGCCAUUGGCGACACUCGAAAACAGUACAAGUGUAAACAACAGUCUCAGUGAAGAAGAAGAAGAUGAUGAAGAGGCUAUUCUGGUUGCUCUAUUCAAGCAUCGAGAGCAUGAAGUAGAACAUAAUCGUACGCGGGUGAAAUAUUAUCAGGACCAGCUUGCAAAAUCAGAAAAGAAUUUGGAGGAUGUGAAGGCUAAAUUAGUUCGUAUUAGACGGAAGAACAAUACAACUGAAAAGUUGAAGAUAUGUGAUGUUAAAUCUUCUACAGAGAAAACUUCACUUACUAGUGGGAUUAGGGAAAGUUCCCCUGAAAAUCAGCUUCAGCUUCAGGUCAAGCCAAGACUUGUUAUACCGGCUACUAAAGCGAAAACUUCCCAAAUUGUAAAGAAUGAUGAUUCUACUCCAGUUUCAAAAGUGAAAAUUUCCAAAGCUGUGAAGAUAGAAGAUUCUACUACCACCCCACCCGUGACGAUUCAAGACUCUGGUAGAAAAAGGAAGCAUGGUAAAUCUCAAGAGCAUAAAGAACACACAGAGUUGAUCUCUAUGGUACGUAGCUCCUCAUUGGCAUCGACAAUUCAUUGCCAGAUGGGGUGCCUUAUUCCCAGUCAACACAAAAGAAAAUUGAGAAGUCUUGUUUUGUGUCCAACAAAUGAUCAGUUGUUUAUGACAAGUUCUUUGGAUGGGGUAAUCAACUUGUGGCAACUCCAAGGAAGAGGAACAAAUGCGUCUCUCCUUAGUUCCACAGACAGCGUUUCUCCAAAGCAGAGGAGAUGGCCUGAAGAUACAGCAUGGCACCCAGAUGGGGGCAGCUUAUUCUCUGUAUACAGUGCUGAUGGAGAUGAUUCUCAGAUAUCAGUUUUAAAUCUGAAGAAAAAAAAACUGGGACAGAUAUGCUUCUUAGAGGAGAAGCCUCAUUCCAAAGGCAUUAUCAAUAACAUUGUUUUCAUGCCAUGGGAAAAUGUCUCUUUUGUUACUGGCGGCAAUGAUCAUGCAGUUAUGCUGUGGACGGAGAAAGAGGGAGAAAACUCUUGUUGGAAACCAAAAGCAUUACAUAGGAAACUGCAUUCUUCAGCUGUGAUGGGAGUAACAGGGAUGCAACAAAAGCAGACGGUAUUGUCUGUUGGUUCAGACAAAAGAAUUAUUGGGUUUGAUGCAGUUGCGGAGAGAGUAGAUUAUGAACAUCGGAUUGAAAGCAAAUGUAUGAGUGUUCUACCUAAUCCAUGUGAUUUCAAUCUAUUCAUGGUUCAGACUGGGACACCAGAGAGGCAGCUCCGUCUGUUUGAUAUAAGAGUGAAGAAAACAGAAAUUCAUGAUUUUGGUUGGAAACAAGAAAGUAGUGAAUCACAAUCAGCGUUGAUAAGCCAGACUUGGUCUCCAGACGGGUUGUACAUCACAUCUGGCUCUGCAGAUCCAAUGAUCCACAUCUUCGACAUCAGGUAUCAUGGUAACAACCCUUCUCAAUCGGUUCGAGCACAUACCAAAAGAGUAUUUAAAGCUGUUUGGCACCAGAAUUACCCUCUGUUGAUCUCCAUUUCAUCUGAUUUAAACGUUGGACUGCACCAUAUCACAUGAUAUGUUGUUAUUCUUGAACAAAUGUUUUUGUUCUUCUUUCGCUCGCUUAGACAUAUGUUUAGCUCACAGAACCAUUUUUUAAUGUAGAAAUAGAAGAAACUAAAACAAAUGUUGUAACAAUUCUAUUUCAUUUUGUUUUGGCUUUCAAAUUUCAAUGCAUUCAAUUUUUAUUC